GCUGAACUGAUGCAAUAAGUUAGAGCGAGAAAAAAUAUACUUGUCUCAUUCUAACUUAUUGCACCAAUUCAGCAAUGCAGGAAGAGAAAACAGACCUAGAGGUUCUAUUUCGCGUUAAACGUUAACGCUAAAUCGACUCGAUUGAUCUAGCUUAAAUAAAACAUGAAAGCGUAGUGUUAACGUCAGCGUUUGUGGAGUGUUAAGAGCGGUUGACAGCUGUCGAUGUCAGUCGUGUCCAUCAUCACGCAUUAUAAAUCAAGUGGAACUACUCCUGCUUCUCAACAUUAAUAUUUAGGAUGUUUCUGAACGAUUUUUUCCUACAAUUCGCUCAAUUAUCAACUUAAAAUAACGUCUAUACAUGUUGAUUAACUAAUGGGGAACGAGAAAAGUGCCCUACGUGGGCUCGAAAUUGAAGACAAGGCUGUUGAGGUUACGGAUUACUGGAUGCAUUAUGAUGCGAGUAUACAUGACUCUAGUCUUCAAAAACUAUCAAUAUUUAUUAGUGAACCCUCUUUACACUUUACCGCGACAUUUGGGAGGCCAUCACCAUUGGAACGAGCAGCAAAGAAUUUCAUGUUAUACCGACAUCCUUGUAUAUUGAAGUAUAUCUCCUCCUGGAACAAAGGUAGUAAGUUUUUCCUUGCUACAGAAGAAGCUAGACCAUUAAUUCAAGUGAUUGAAAAGCAGAAUAUACUGCAAAUAUGUAUUGGUUUGCAUAGUAUCCUGCGAGCUUUAAUAUUCCUACAUGAAACUGCAUUGGCAUCACAUAAUAAUAUAUGUAGCAGCUCUAUUUAUGUUACCACAGAAGGAUACUGGAAAUUAGGUGGAUUAGAAUGUCUAUGUAAGUUUGCAGAUGCAACAUCAACAUACUAUCAAAGAAUAAAGAGUUACAGGUAUGAAAGGGGCAUAUCGCCGAAUGAAGACAUAGCUGACUUAGCUAAAUCUUCUAAUCUUGCUGCGAUUGAUUCAUAUGCAUUCGGAGUACUGGCAGAAGAUAUCUUGAAAAAUUUACAAGCUACAGAUGAGGCACCAAAUCUGUUGGAAUUUAGAGAAUUCUGUAGAAAAAAUCUACAGAAUCCAGAUGCAUGUCUGAGAAGCAGCGUACUGAGUGUACUGCAACAUUCUUUCUUCACUCAUGAGUUCAUAAGAAUACAUGCAUUCCUAGAAGAAUUACCAUUGAAAACUGAUGUAGAAAGAGAAGAAUUUUUCACGACGUUAAGGCAACAAUUACAGUUGUAUCCUGAAGCUGUCGUUGCUGAACAACUUGGCAGAGUGCUUCUCUCCAGAAUGGUUUUGUUGGAUGGUACUGCUCAAGUGAAACUUUUACCUUUCAUCUUUAAACCCAAAGAUGAAAAGAACGACUUAGGAACUAGUCUAUUUACAGUUUCUACCUUCAAAAGUAUUUUAGUACCAAGGCUCUUGCAGAUGUUUUGCAUUCGAGAUGUAUCAAUUCGUCUGCUGCUGUUGUCCCACUUCAACUCAUUCGUACAUGUAUUUGACAUGGACGAACUGAAAAGCCACAUUCUUCCCGAAUUACUUGUCGGUAUAAAGGAUACUAACGACAAUCUCGUUUGUGCCACAUUGAGAGCAUUGGCCGAUGUUGUACCGAUCUUGGGUGCAGCGGCAGUUAUCGGUGGUAAUAGGGGAAAAUUAUUUACGGACGGUCGACCGAACAAAACGAUGACUCGAAAUACAAACCUCGGCGAUAUCAGCAAGGUUUUGACGUUGACCAAAGAAAUACAGAACGUCUACGUGAAUAUAGAUGAGAAUGACGUACAUUUAUCAGAAAGGCCAUCGCCAGAUGGCGGCGAAGAUAAAAGAGAAAAGGAAUUUCCAUUUGUUGAAGAGGAAUCCUGGUCAGAUUGGGAAGCACAAGAGGCAGUUGGGACCAGCCACAGUCAAGUAGAAGAAGCUCCUUCUGAUAACGUGCAGACGGAACCGCAGAAUAAUACUGGCGACACAGACUUACCCUCUCCUUUAUCAGAAUCUUCGUCGAAUGCGAAAAAGACAAAUUAUACAAAGAAACUGGUAAUUUCGGACAUCACGGAGCUUGAUAUAAAGAACUCGAAAACGAUAAAAUGUCCGAAGGAAGAAUUUGAUUUUUUCACGGAUAUGGAACCUGUGAUAAAGAAGACACAGAUUUUACAUAUUGAGGAGACAGAGUCACCCAAAAACAUGUUCGACGUAAGAACAUCGAAUGUCACCUCAGAGGAACACGAUGACAAUGGCUGGGGAGAAGAUUUGAGCGAUUUGAGUAUAGACGAUACUCAUGUCGACUCUGCAAUAUAGUGAGUUGCCCUGUAAAAAAAGAGAAAGAGAGGGGUACUCUAAGCGCUUAAACUUUUGUAAUAUUUCAAACGAUUAAGCGCUCAACAACUUUUGUAAGAUUUUGAAUUUACUAUUGAUGUUGCACAAAAAUGACUGAGCUCAUUUAGUUGUAUUCAUUUUUAUUGACGUCCAAUCAGUAUAUAUGAAUUCAUCGAUUCAUAUAUACCGUAUUCCAUGUAUACCGUCACAAAGUAUUUUUAAUAAAAAUCAAAUAUAUAUGUUA